AUGCAGACGGAUCAGGCAGGAAUCAAGCCGCAAAGCGACGCGGCUAUGCGAUUUCACGCGAGAACGGCGAUGCUUUUCGUGGAGCUGCUGCGGACGACGGGCAUCUCGCGCAAUAUGGUCAACAUGAACAGCGUGACGGCGCUCUGUCGCCAUCUGAAUCCGCUCGUUGAACUUCCGAGUCUCGGCGACCUUGUGAGCUCUUUUUCGUUUAAAACAUUUGAAACAAGCUAAUAAAAUACGCGAUUUUCUUUUUCGCUGCAAAAAAGUUCUUUCUGCAGGAAACUCAUCUCGGGAAUUUGAAAGGAUACAACCCACUCAUCUCCAGCAAUCAGCCGUCUUGCAUAAUGUGCGGAGUCGAAGUUCCGCGGCACAAAAGCCAUCAAGUGACCCCCGACAACGCCGCGCACUACCUGACCGCCUCCGUUCUCAACAGCUUGAAAACGAUCUCGCAGGCGAAAAAAGACAUUCUGAAUACGGAACUGACAGUCUGCCAGACACACGAUCAGUCGACGGUCAGUUCCGCCGGAAACGUUCUUAUUCCAGCCUUUUCUCUCUCCCUUUUCAGUUCAAAAAUAUGUGCACCACGCUGGGAAUCGAAGGCGUUCCCGUGGAGAGAGUGCUGCGCCCAGUGUUCUCUGUCGGCUUCGAAACCUUCAAUAGAAUUCGAGUGAGUUUGGGAAACAACUUAAAAUAAUGCGAGAAAGAGUUUCAGGGAAUGCGAUUCACUUUCGAAGACGUGCCGGUGAUUCCGAUGGAGAAGGAGGAGUACGAGAAGAGCUGCAAGAAGUGGAUGAUUACGAUCAAAUCGAGAGCUGCCAAAAAGAGAAUAGAGGUAUUACUUGGAAGCAAGAGGGUCUCGCAACAGAACAUUUUACUACAGUACGGCGCCGUUCCGAUUCCACCGAAAGUUGCGAAACAUCCGAAGUACUGCAACUCGAUGGCCAAUUUCGAUCGAGUGUUCCGUCGCGACGAUCAAGAAGAACCCGUUUUCAACUUCCAUUCUAGGGAAGACGAAAAGAACGAUCCGUUCGGGGAGGGAACCUCCGACGACGUCUUCAUGGACGUGAAACAGGAGGAGCCGGACACGUACUUGCCGCCCGCCCGUCCGGUCACUUUCGGAAAUGUUCCGUUGACGAGACCGCCGACCACCAUAUACACUUUGCAUAACGGGAAGACGGUCGUGAAGGCUCCGGUGGCAGCUGCGAUUCUGGCGGAGAGAACUUCUGGAAAACUGGUGACGUACCGACUUGCGAAGCGGAUGACCGAAGACUCCACGGGCACUUCCAGUUCUGAAGCUCACCCUCCAACUGCGACGGCUCUCAUUCGAAGAGUCGAGUACAAUCCGAUACCGAAGACCGAGCCGACUACAGAAAGGAAACCGGAAUUUAUUGAAUUCGGAUCUCAACCGGCAGUAUGAUCUUCUGUCAAACCUACUGGAUAAUAAUAAUUGGUUCUAAGCUCAGAUUCACUCAGGUUUCGAUCAAUGA